AAUGGUGAUCACAGGGAAGCUAUCCGGCGAGUUGUUUAUUUUUAACAUUUUGAGUGUUUGUUUCUCUUUAGUGGAUUCAAAUUUUAAUGAAGAGGAAAUAUAUGGUGUUAAGUAUGGAUUUGAGAUUUCUAGGGAGCCAGUUCUCUUGAAAGAGAGUUCAGAACUUGAAAAUACAGUGUUAUUAUCAUCCAAGCAUGGACAGCAAUAUCAGUGUGUUCUUCCGAAGCUUGAGAAUUUCAAAAAAAAGGAUGAAGAUAUCCAACAUAUAUCUAGAGAUGAAAUUCCUCAGCUUUUAGAACCACUGAAGAAAAAGUGUUUGUACAAUAACAAAGGAUGGUGGACUUAUGAAGUAUGUUUUGGAAAAGGAAUUUACCAGUAUCAUAUGGAAGCAAAUGAAGUUGUUGGUGUUAAAAUUUCCUUAGGAAUGUUUAGUAAUGAGACUGACUGGAGUCAAGAGAAAAUUGACCUAAAGGAAAAACCUAAACCAGGAAAAAGUUCAGUGGCUACAAAAUAUCAUUCCCAGUAUUAUGUGAAUGGCACUGAGUGUGAUUUAACAGGCAAAGGAAGAGAAACUCAAAUUAAGAUAUUCUGCGAUGAAGAUAGAGCAGAUUUUGUAGUAAGAGUGGACGAACCAUCAUCCUGUUCUUAUGUGAUCACAGUACACACCAACAAGCUUUGCAAACACAACUUGUUCAGGUCCUCCCCAGCACAGGAACCCCAGUAUAUUACCUGCUCUCCAGCCCUAUCUGAGGAACGAUACAAAAUUUAUGUGGACAGAGUUGAAUUACGAAAAAAGGCCAAAGAGGAAGCCAAAGCAGCCAGAGAAGCUAAAGACAGUGCUCGAAAAGUAAGAGCUGCAGAGAAAAUUGAAGGUGAAGAUGAGAUAGAGGAAGAUGAUGAUGAAGAAGUCUUUGAUAGAAAGAAACCGAGAUCAAAGCGAAGCCAAGUGUGGCCAUGGGAAAACCCUGGAGUUGAAAGCGAGGACGAAGUUUGGAUUGAUGGAAAUAUCGAGCAAGACAAAAUUGAUAUACACAGAUUGGACAUUACCAAGGGUCGUAAGAAAAAUGCAAUGGGGCAUCUUGAAAAUGAGGGUAUCACCAUAAUGAGUCAAAAGAUCCAGAGGAAGAGACAGCCAAUCAUGGAAAGGCAAAAGGGAGAUGCUAAAGAGAAAGAAGAAAAUCCUUCCGAAGAUGAAAUGAAAGAAACGCGGGAUAAAAAAAAACUUAAAGAGCCAAUUGAGAGGAAGGAGAAAAGUGGCGAGAAAGAAGGAAGUGUUGAAGGUAAUGAGGUGAAGAAAGCUAAUGAAGUAGCUAAUGAACAAAACAGCGAACAGGCGAUUAAAGGGGAAGAAGGUAUUUCAGAAGAAGAAGGAAAAGCGGAGGACAUUGAUGUGGCCAGCAAAGAGGGUGGAAAAGAAACCAAAACAGAGCAAGGGUUGGAUGGGGAAUGGAGGAAUAACGUCGAUGAAGCAAUCCUUAGACUGAGAUCUACUGUGAAAGAGAAAUUAAACAAGUUGGGUGUCAAACCUGAAGUGUUUGAUAAGGAGGAGGAGGUUGGAAGUGUGGGAAAUCCAGAGAAGGGGGGAGAUAUCGCCGACGGUCAGGUUGGAGCAGAAAAAUAUGAAGGUGAAAUCAUGUCUGAGAAAGAAGACACAUUUGAAGAUGAAGAUAAAGACACGCAACAAAAGGAACAGCAAAAGUCAAAGCCUAACUUAAAUUUAUUUGCGGAAUCACUUAAAGAGUCUCAGAAGUUUUUUAGCGGGGGCAUGAUGAAGGAAUUUUUGGAAGCUGCCUCUGCAGCACAAGCUGAGUUGGAAGAACAGUUUGACGAAGAACGCGCUCGAAUGAAGAGUGAAGUUGAAAUCAUUAAGACAAAGAUAGAAAAGAUCGAGGAGGCGGAGGAGACGAAUGGUGUAAAAGACGAAAAGCGUGGCAAAACACUGAGCAAAAUAAGGGAUUCCAUUGAACGUUUUGAGAAGACCAACUUGCAAUUAGAUGAUGACAUGCAGUCAAUCAAAGAACUAAACAAAGAGAUAACUAGUAUGAUAAAAAAUAGAGAUAAACCAUCCCCUCAAGGCGACUUACUAGAACUUUAUCAAAAGACCGACAAACUCUUGAAAAGAAUUCAUUUGCGGCGAUUCCAGCUGGACCAAGACUUGGAUUAUAUCACAAAAAUGAGAGGAAAAAUUUCUGGUGACAAAGAUACCGUGGAGGAAUCGAUGGAUGAUGCGCAAAUUUUGCCUACGAAGGGUGGUAUUGAUAAAGUUGUAAACAAGUUGAAAACUAUGAUCCAAGAUCUGGACAUUAACAGCGAAGGGAAUGCAAAAGGUGCAGAUUUUGGGAACGAAGGAAGUGCGGAAACAAAGCCUGCCAGCUCUGCAAUUGACGAUGUUGACCAAUUGGAGUCAUCAGAAUCUUUUGAUGAGAGCGACACGAAAUCAGGAGUGAGGGUGAAAGUGUCAAAGGUUAAGAAAGUGAUCGUUGGCGACGAUGAAGACUCCGAGAUGGAAGAAGCAGAUCUUGAUGAUGAAGAAAUGGAAGAGUUGGGUCUCCAAAAGCGAAUUCGUAUGGCUACGAAGAAAAUGGAAGAACUAGUCAAACAGCAGUUGAGAGACUCAGGAGUCUUCCCUUCAGGCAAGAUAAAGGUCAAGAUUGUUACAUCCAAAGAUGCUCUGGAGAAGAUGGAAGGGAAAAACAACAUGAAGUUACUCAGCGACGAUGAAGAAAAUCAAUUUAAAAACAUGAUCCUUGGGCUAUUGGGAGGCAGUCCUGACGCUGGGAAAGAGAGAAAGCGUCAACAAGACUUGGAAAACAAUUACAACUUAGUUUGGAAUGAAGACGAGCUACAGACAGUGCCAAGGGAAGAUGAUGAAGCUGAUGGUGAAGUGGAAGUAGAAUCAUUUUACUGAGCUACAAUCUAACUUUUCCACUCCUUUUUAAUACAGAUUUAUUCGUCUUGUCACGAGCGUAAGACAAAGAAAAAUAAUUCGAGUGCUAGCAUAAAGAAAACAACCUCAUACCUUUGGACACUGCGCUCUGAUACUCAACUAUGUAGAUACUCUCUCUCACCUUAAGCUCAGCGGGCGGACAUCACGGCGCGAAAUCUGAAGGACUGGAGUUCGAUUUCUCAUGGGGACAACAAGGCGAAGACCAUCUUAGUUCCAACAUAGAGAUCAAAUUUACCAUCUUUGUUAUGUUCUGUAGAUCCAAUUUAAUAUAAAUAUAUUUCAUCGAUCCGUCUGCACUAUAACGAAAUGCUUCUGUAGGUACAUUUCACGUUCAGAAUGGCGGAAAUGUUUUGUUUACUGCAGCAUACUCCUUCUUCCAAAGGGAUACCUUUGGAAAUAGGCUGGUACAGAGCAUCGGUCGAUGGUCUCAUUGAGCAUAAUACAACAAGAUAGCACGGUCACCCUAUUUGUGAUUUGGGUCAAUUAGCGGACAUAACUGAUUUCUUGACCCCAAGACGGUCUCUUAUGCGGGAGGGAAUUUCUGCAAUGUGCCCACAGUGAGCUGUUAAUCAACACAGUGUUGGAUUGAAUAAAAAGGGAGUCGAGGUUUCUUUCAAAUAGAUUAUUGUUAAACAAAAGUAUUUAUUGUAGAGUUUGUAUAAGUUAAGGUUAAAAAAAAUCAACAGAAUACAACAUAACUGCACCGCUCGCGCUUUCUCUUGCGCGAAAGUCCCUACCAAGAUGGCAGAUUUUAAGUGAUUGCUUAAUCUCUCUCUACGUGUAGUGUACAUACCCUAAAUAAAAGAAAAAUCUGUUUACCAUA